AUGCGGUUAGCGACCACCACGGUUUCUCGUCGAGCUGCUGGUCAGAUUCGAAGACAUUGGCAGCGUGCUGCAUCGACGACGGUGGUGCCAGAAGACUGGGAUGUCGUGAUUGUUGGUGGCGGUCCAGUUGGUCUGGCCCUCGCGAGUGCUUUGGGGUCAUCUGCGGACAUUCGACAAAACGUAAAAGUUGCUUUGGUCGAAGCUGGAGACUUGUCCAGUGUUCAAAAUUGGACCCCCGAGCCAGGCACUUUCUCAAACCGCGCCAGUUCACUCACACACAAGUCGCAAGAGUUCCUCAAAGAGGUCGACGCAUGGGCAUAUGUGGACGAAAAACGGACUUGUGUCAUUGAAGAUAUGCAGGUAUGGGAUGGAGUUUCCGAUGCCCGCAUCGAGUUUCCCGCCUCCCUCCUAGGUCUCCAGCAUGGAAUGGCCCGCAUGACAGAAAACCUGAAUUUGCAACGCGGUUUGCUACGACGCCUGGAAUCUAUACCUCAAAUCCGACUUUUCGACAAGACGAAAGUCAAAAUGAUCACCAACAUGGAGACACAUGGCUGGCCGCUUGUACAUUUAGACGAUGGUCGUGUCAUGCGUUCUAGACUCUUGGUUGGUGCUGACGGGUUCAACUCACCUGUAAGAAAUUUCGCCAAGAUUUCUUCCUUUGGCUGGGACUACAACACGCAAGCUAUUGUUGCCACUAUGUUCCACCAGCCGAGAGGCGCAUUCCUUGGUCCACACACAACAGCUUAUCAACGAUUCCUCCCAACUGGUCCUAUUGCUUUCCUUCCGCUAUCUCCUGUUGCGUCCUCUUUGGUGUGGUCGACCAAACCUCUCCUAGCCAAAGCACUGAUUGCUGCUGGACUGGAUGUUCUGAGGCCGAUGAUAAAUGCCGCUUUUCGAAUGCCUCAUGUCUCCAUGAACUACCUGCAUGAUAUUGUUGUCGAAGCAGAUAGGAAUGGGACUCCCUUAACUGCAUCUCAAAUUAAGGAAGAGAUUGCAUGGCGGGAGCGAUCUGACGGAAUCGACGCUACUUCCGCCUACGCAUCUGGAGAGACAGUCCAGCAACAAGGCAUUCCACCCCAAGGGACGGAGCUGCUACCACCCCUAGUAACAUCUCUUCAGCCAGGCUCAGUCGCAUCUUUUCCUUUAAGAUUUAAUCAUACCGACUCGUACCUGGGAGAAGGCGAUGGUGGGCGUACCGUCCUUGUUGGCGACGCUGCCCACACAGUCCAUCCCCUUGCCGGACAGGGCCUCAAUCUUGGCCUCGCGGAUGUUGAUGCCCUGUCGAAAUGCAUUCAAGACGCCCUUGCUAAUGGUGGUGACAUUGGUUCACGCACUGCUUUGCUUCCCUAUGCGCGAGAACGAUAUUUUUCCAACCACAAAAUUAUGUCAGCCAUGGACAAGCUACACAAACUCUACUCGACCUCGUUUUCGCCAGUGGUCUGGGCACGCUCUGUUGGACUAGAGGUAGUCAAUGAGUUGGACUCAGUCAAGGCUGCCAUCAUGAUGGAAGGCAGUGGGAAAAAGGAUCUCGGGGGAAAUAUCUUUUGGGAAGCAGGGGCGCGAGGCGUCGAGGCAUUUGCUGCCACGUCGAGUGCUGCACGCAUCGUCGUUGAUUCGAUUCCUAGCGUUGUUGGAUCGACCGUUUCUGGCAUUGUGCGAGCUUUGAGUACAAACAAAAGAUAG